AUGGAUGAAUUUGAAAUCGAUAAUUCCAACUUGGAGAUUAAUAAUUCGAAUAAGCAUCUUCCAAUUAAAAUAACGAUCGAACAACUUUUAAAUGGAAAAUUGGAACCUAUUUUAACAAAAAAAGAAUUAUUUGCAUGGUACAUUUACGCAUUUGCUUGUGAAGUUUAUUCGGUAGUUUCAAUAUCGAGUUUUAUACCUUUAAUUUUAGAACAAUUUGCCUUUGAGAAUGGUGUAAGUAGCAUCGAUUAUCAAACGCCUUGUAAUAAAGAGUUUUCGGAAGGAGUACGAUGCUUUAUAAACAUCUUUGGUUUUUGGGUUGAUACAGCCUCGUUCAGUUUAUACACUUUAUCAUUGAGCGUAAUCUUGCAAGCAAUUACAGCAAUUUCAAUUGGAGCAUCCGCAGAUCAUGGAGAGUUGCGUAAAACGUUGCUUUUAUACUUUGCUUUUGCUGGAAGCAUUUCAGCAAUGUUAUUUUUAUUGAUUCCUUCCGGAUCAUUCAUAAUUGCUGGUAUUUUGGCUAUUAUUGGAAAUGUGAGUUUUGGAGCAGCGUUUGUUUGCUUUAAUGGAUUUUUACCAGUGAUGAUUAGAAAUCACAAAGAUGUAAGAAGAAUUUCAAAUGAAAUCAAAGAUUAUAUAAGUAAUGUAGAAACGCAACAUCAACAUGUUGAUACACAAGUUGAUGAUCAUGAAAGUAUUUUAGAAGAGCGAGGACUUUUAAAUUCGCAAGAUUUGACAUUAAUUAAUCUUGUUGAAAAGUUAAUAAAAACUAAAGAUCACAUUUCAACUCAUAUUUCUGCACGUGGUUUUGCGAGUGGAUAUUUUGGUGGUAUAAUCCUUUUAAUCCUUUGUCUUUGUAUUUCAUUUUUAUUACAUUCCACAAUUUAUAGUUUACAAAUUGGUGUAUUUCUUUCUGGAAUUUGGUGGUUUUUAUUUUCUUUAUUGGUUGCUAAAUGGUUACAACCUAGACCUGGACCUCCUUUGAUCCUUAACGAAGAAAGAAAAUUAAGAUGGAUAGAUUACAUAUCAUUUUCUUGGAUGAGAUUAUGGAAAACGAUAUUAGAAGCUAAAAAGUUGGAAAUGACUUUUCGAUUCUUAAUGUCAUGGAUCCUGAUAUCAGAUGGUUUCACUACCAUAACAUCGGUAGCUUUACUUUUCGCAAAAACUGCAUUACGAAUUCCUGAAUCCGGCUUGAUUAUCUUGUCUUUGAUCGUUCCCGUAUCCGGCUUAACCUCAACUUUAUUAUUACCACAAUUAAUUAAGCUUAGUAUUAAAAAUACAAUUCUUUUACUUCUUUUCAUGUUAUUACUUAUUCCUAUUUAUGGAUGUCUUGGGUUAAUUCUACCAAUUGGUGGAUUAAGAACUUCGGGUGAACUUUACAUCAUGGCUGUAUGGUUUGGCUUCGUUUUCGGAUCUCUACAGAGUUAUUGCAGAACGAUGUUUGGAAAAUUAGUUCCGAAUGGAAGAGAAACAGAAUUUUUUGCCCUUUAUGCCAUAACUGAUAAAGGGUCAAGUUGGUUUGGACCAACCUUGGUAGCAAUCAUAAUUGAUAUCACGCACGAAAUUAGAUAUGGCUUUUUAUUAUUAAUUGCUCUAAUCUUCCUACCGAUUCCUAUUCUAUGGUCUUUAGAUGAUAGAAAAGGAAGGGAUGAUGCCGCAAAUUUUGCUAAAGAUCAUGAGGACAUCAUUCAAGCAUAG